AUGGACACGUGGAUUGAACCGCCUUCACUGACCAUUGGUACGUCCGCAAACCACGUAGAGGGCCGUCUCCAGGGCCCAUGUCUUAACCUGCUCGAGGGCGCCGACAUCCAGUUCAGGCGGGAGAACCGCCUCGACAUCGCGCUGGUCAAGAACCUCCCCAUAGCUCUCAUCUUCCUGCCGGCCGCCGACAUCCCGACCUUUGUGGGCGAGGGCCGCGUCGACCUGGGCAUCACGGGCACCGACCAGGUCCAGGAGCACGACGCCGGCGUGCGGUCCGUGAACCGCGCCCGCCGCGGCUCCACCAGCACCUUCAACCCGGCCGAAGAGGGCAGCAACAAGCCGAGGGGGUGCGAGACCGUCAUGGACCUCGGCUUCGGCGGCUGCAGGCUCCAGGUCCAGGUGCCGGAGAAGGGCGCCUUCGCCUCAUCCGCAGACCUCGUCGGCAAGAACAUCGGCACCAGCUUCGUCCACCUCGCAGAGGAGUACUUUGCCCGCCUCGAGCAGGAGCAGGAUGCCGCCGCCAACGGGGGCGACGCCCCGGCCCCGGGGUCGAGGAAGCUGCGCACCAACAUCAUCGAGCUCAGCGGGAGUGUCGAGGCCGCUUGUGCUUUGGGCGUUGCCGACGGCAUUGUCGACCUAGUUGAGUCGGGCGAGACCAUGAGGGCGGCCGGACUCAAGGCCAUCGACACGGUCGUCGAGUCGUCGGCCAUCCUCAUCAAGUCCAAGUCGCCCAGCAACCCGGAGCUGGUCGAGCUGAUCGCGUCCCGCAUCAGGGGCGUCAUCACGGCGCAGAAGUACAUCCUGUGCCAGUACAACAUCGAGCGCUCCAAGCUGACCGCCGCCACCGCCAUCACGCCCGGCAAACGCGCCCCCACCAUCACUAACAUUGACCAGGAGGGCGCCGUUGCCGUCAGCUCAAUGGUCGAGAAGAAGAAGAUUGCCAUCGUCAUGGACGAGCUCACCAAGGUCGGCGCCACGGACAUUCUGUGCCUUGCCAUCCAGAACGCGAGGAGCAACUGA